AUGAACACAACAUCCUACCAGUCCCUCAACCCCGAACUGCUGAGCACAACACCCAACCAGCCCCUCAACCCCGAACUGCUGAACACAACACCCAACCAGCCCCUCGACCCUGAACUGCUGAACACAACACCUACCAUCCCUCAACCCCGAACUGCUGAGCACAACACCCAGCCAGCCCCUCGACCCGGAACUGCUGAACAUAACACCUACCAGUCCCUCAACCCCGAACUGCUGAGCACAACACCCAACCAGCCCUUCGACCCGGAACUGCUGAACACAACACCUACCAGUCCCUCAACCCCGAACUGCUCAGCACAACACCCAGCCAGCUCCUCAACCCGAACUGCUGAGCACAACACCCUACCAGUCCCUCAACCCCGAACUGCUGAACAUAACACCUACCUGUCCCUCAACCCCGAACUGCUGAGCACAACACCCAACCAGCCCUUCGACCCGGAACUGCUGAACACAACACCUACCAGUCCCUCAACCCCGAACUGCUGA